CUCACGUUGACUCCAGCUUGCAUCAUUUCUUGUCUCUCUGGCAGCCGGGGGCAGACAACAUUUGUUGGCAGUCGCCAUGGUAGAGCCUGUCCCAGAGACCAUCAGCUUUCCCUCUCAGGAGGAGAAGAUCUUGCAGCUCUGGAAUGAAAAAGACUGCUUCCUUGAAUGCCUCAAACAGUCCAAGAAUAGACCUAGGUACACCUUCUAUGAUGGCCCACCGUUUGCCACUGGUCUUCCUCACUAUGGGCAUAUCCUAGCUGGAACUAUCAAGGACAUUGUUACUCGAUUUGCUCACCAAAGUGGCUUCCAUGUGGAUCGACGCUUUGGCUGGGACUGUCACGGCCUGCCUGUGGAGUACGAGAUCGAUAAGACUCUGGGGAUCAAAGGGCCUGAAGAUGUGGCCAAGAUGGGCAUCGCUGAGUACAACAAGCAGUGCAGGAACAUUGUCAUGAGAUACUCUAAUGAGUGGGAGACUUCAGUGAAGAGGAUGGGUAGAUGGAUCGACUUUAACAAUGACUACAAGACUCUGUACCCCUGGUUUAUGGAGACUGUCUGGUGGGUUUUCAGACAACUGUACGACAAGGGUCUGGUUUACAGAGGUGUCAAAGUGAUGCCCUUCUCCACUGCCUGCAACACCCCUCUCUCCAACUUUGAGUCCCACCAGAACUACAAGGAUGUUCAGGACCCUUCUGUGAUAGUCAACUUUCCAUUAGUUGACAAUGAGGAUGUAGCUUUGAUUGCCUGGACCACCACACCCUGGACUCUGCCAAGCAACCUGGCCCUCUGUGUCAACCCUGACUUCUUGUAUGUCAGGGUCAAAGACAACACUAUAGGCAAGACCUAUAUUAUGAUGGAGGCCAGACUGGGGGCUCUGUUUAAAUCAGAGAGUGAGUACACUCUCCUGGACAAAUUCCCUGGCAAGACCUUGAAAGGGAAGAAAUACAAGCCUCUUUUCCAGUACUUUGCUAAGUGUGGGGAGAAAGGUGCCUUCCAGGUGGUGAUGGAUAACUACGUCAAGGAGGAAGAGGGCACAGGAGUUGUCCACCAGGCACCUUACUUUGGAGCUGAUGAUUACAGGGUGUGCACAGAAUACAACAUCAUCCAGAGGGACCAGGCUCCGAUCUGCCCUGUGGACGCCUCAGGCUGCUUCACUUCAGAGGUCACUGACUUUGCGGGACAGUAUGUCAAAGAUGCUGACAAGAAUAUCAUCAAGUGGCUGAAGGAGAAAGGUCGUCUUGUCAAUGCCAGCACUUUCAAACAUAGUUACCCCUUCUGCUGGAGGUCAGAUACACCUCUGAUUUACAAAGCUGUCCCCAGUUGGUUUGUUCGAGUGGAGCACAUGGUGGACAAACUCCUGGACAACAACGGAAAAUGCUACUGGGUUCCCGAGUUUGUGCGUGAGAAGCGCUUCGGAAACUGGCUGAGAGAUGCACGUGACUGGGCGAUUUCGAGGAACCGUUACUGGGGCACACCAAUCCCCCUGUGGGUCAGCGAUGACUUUGAAGAGGUGGUGUGUGUGGGGUCCAUGGCUGAACUGGAAGAACUGACCGGAGUCAAAGUAACUGAUCUGCAUCGGGAGAGCAUCGACAACCUGACAAUCCCAUCACGGUGUGGUAAGGGUGUCCUGAGAAGGGUUACUGAAGUGUUUGACUGCUGGUUUGAAAGUGGCAGCAUGCCUUACGCCCAGGUCCACUACCCCUUCGAAAACAGGAAGGAGUUUGAGGACACUUUCCCAGCAGACUUCAUCGCUGAAGGCAUUGACCAGACCAGAGGAUGGUUCUACACUCUGUUGGUGCUCUCCACAGCAUUGUUUGGCAAACCGCCCUUCAAGAAUGUCAUCGUUAAUGGCUUAGUACUUGCCAGCGAUGGACAGAAGAUGAGCAAGCGCAAGAAGAACUACCCAGAUCCAGGACUGAUAGUAAAGAACUAUGGAGCCGAUGCCCUCAGGUUGUACCUCAUCAACUCUCCUGUGGUGAGAGCAGAGAACCUGCGUUUCAAAGAGGAAGGUGUGCGGGACGUGUUGAAGGACGUCUUCCUGCCGUGGUAUAACGCCUAUCGCUUCCUGGUGCAAAACGUACAACGGCUCCAGAAGGAGGACGACAUCCAGUUCCUCUACAAUGAAAACACGGAAAAGCAGAGUGACAACAUCAUGGACAAAUGGAUUCAGUCGUUUACACAAUCCCUCAUUCAGUUUUUCAAGGCUGAAAUGGCUGCUUACCGCCUGUACACCGUCGUGCCUCGCCUGGUGAAGUUUGUGGACAUGCUCACGAACUGGUAUGUCAGGACCAACAGGCGCCGUUUAAAGGGAGAGAGUGGCACCGAGGACUGCAUGUGGGCGCUGGAAACCCUCUUCAGUGUACUGUUCUCCAUGUGCAGGCUGAUGGCUCCCUUCACACCCUUCAUUACAGAGAUGAUGUACCAAAAUCUACGGCACCUCAUUGACCCUGCCUCUGUUGAAGAGAAGGACAGUAGCAGCAUUCACUAUCUCAUGCUUCCCCACGUUAGGGAGACUUUGAUUGACAAGCGCAUUGAGAGCGCCGUCUCCCAGAUGCAGUCUGUGAUUGAGCUGGGCAGAGUGAUCAGAGACAGGAAAACCCUGCCUGUCAAGUACCCGCUGAAAGAAGUUGUCGUAAUCCACCAGGACCCAGAGGCUUUGAAAGACAUCCAGUCUCUGCAAAAAUACAUCCUCGAAGAGCUUAAUGUGCGUCAGUUGACACUGUCAACGGAUAAGGACAAGUAUGGUAUCCAUCUAAGAGCUGAGCCAGACCACAUGGUGCUGGGCAAGAGACUGAAGGGGGCCUUCAAAGCCAUCACUGCCUCCAUCAAGGAGCUCAAUAAUGAACAGCUAGAGGCCUUCCAGAAGACAGGAUCCAUUGUUGUGGAUGGACACGAGCUUCUUGAGGAAGAUCUGAGGCUCAUGUACACCUUUGACCAGAGCUCGGGCUCAGCUGCUCAGUAUGAAGCUCACUCUGAUGCACAGGUGCUGAUGCUGUUGGAUGUCACCCCAGACCAGUCCAUGGUGGAUGAAGGCGUUGCCCGUGAAGUCAUCAAUCGCAUUCAGAAACUACGCAAGAAGGCCCACUUAGUGCCAUCUGAUGAGAUAACAGUGUACUACCGCUGCCAGCCAGAGGGGGAGUACUUGGACUCUGUGAUCAAAGCUCACAAUGACUUUAUCCUGGCCACCACCAAGGCUCCACUUUUACCUUUCCCCGUCCCCAAGGCAACCAGUGUGAUCAUUGAAGAAAAAACUCAGCUGAAAGGUUCAGACUUGGAAUUAACCAUAGUAAAAGGAUCCUCAGCUCCUCGGGUUCCUCUGAAUGGACCAGCUUGCACCUACGUGAACCUCAGAGUGAAAGUCAACAAUAAAGAACAAGAGGGUGUGGUCCUGUUGGAGAACCCCAAAGGCGAUAACAGACUAGAUGUCAACAAAAUGGAGAGAGUAUGCAGCAGCAUCUUUGGAACCAACAAUACUAAGCUCAGAUUCUUCAAUGGCACAACUGAACUGACCAACAAAACCGACCUUCAGUCUCUAAGCGGUAAAACUUUGUCAGUGACAUCAGCGUCCUCCUCUCCUGGUCCCGUCCCCACCAACGAUGCCCUCCUGUGUCCUUACGUCAACCUGGUGCUCUGCAACACUCAACCAGCCGAGUGCCAGACAGGGGAGGUGGGUACUCUCCUGCUGGUCAACCCCAUCGGCCAGAAUGGGCUUGACCACUCAGGUCUGCUCAGUGAGGCAGCCAAGGUUUUCGGCCUUCGCAGCAGACGACUGAAGCUGUACCUGGACCAGGACCUUACCCAGGAGCUGCCAGCCAACUCAUCUGUAAAAUCUCUAGACACCAAAACCCUGUUUGUCAGAGUUCUUCCCACUACCGCUGAAGCAUAGAUCCUGAGAAGCCAUCUAAAGACCUUAGCAUCAAUACUUGUCCCAUAAACACACAACUUCCCUGAAUUAAGUGGUAAGAUUAAAAUGACAGUAGUCCCUCUGAUUUACACGUGUCAUGUGUAUAGAUGCUGUUUUGUGGAAA